AUGGUCACACCCUCAAUCCGCGUGGGCCCUUCGGCCGCCAACAGAGCUCUCAACCUCCUACGCACCGUCCAAUACACGCAUCCUCCCUCGUGUCCCUGCCAUUCGAAUCCCAACCACCACCACCAUCAUCGCUCCCCAACCCUCGCCGACCAUGUUCGCCGCCACAUGGCCACUCCCACCGACCCCUCGCGCCAGAAGGAAUACGCCUUCGAGAUGGCCGCCUCCAGCAUCCGGUUCGGGCCGGGCGCGACGAAGGAGGUGGGGAUGGAUUUCGCCAACAUGAAGGCCAAGCGCGUCUGCGUGGUCACGGACAGCACCGUGGUGAAACUGGACGCGAUGAAACAGGCCGUUGAGGGUUUGUCGCGCGAGGGUAUCGAGUUUACUGUGUUUGAUAAGGUUCGCAUUGAGCCGAAGGAUUAUUCGGUUAUGGAAGCAAUUGAAUUUGCUAAACCGUAUAAUCCGGAUGCGUUCCUUGCUGUUGGUGCGUUAUUCCUUCCCAAUCACCGGGACGUGAACAUUGACUGA